AUGUCUACGGUUACAGCCUCAAUUACAGAUUGCGGAGGAUCUUCUGCGACUAGCAAAUCGAAGAGAACCGUGAAGGCACGAACUCGACAGUUCACGUCAGCAUUCUUGUACAAUGUCCCUCCGUCAGCCUUGACCGGUGAGAAAUCCAAUAACUGCAAACAAUGUAAGUUGUUUCAAGGCACAGUGUUUGUAGAGGAAUUGUUAAACGUGAACGAAGUCGGUAGUGUAGACCAUGUACCCAGUUAUCAGUUCAGGUUUGGCUGGCGACCAGACAAACUAUUUUGCGAGACGGAGAUUAUUGAUAACAUUCACAAGAUGAACGAGGUCAUCAAGACCUGGGGCGACUGUUUCAGGGUCAUGAUGCAGUGCUCAAUGAACCGAUAUGUACUUCUAGAAUUAAAAUUUAGGGACUUUGACCAGGAAAGAGGAUUUCGAGAUCUUGUUUGUAGGAUAAACGACGAGUUUGAAAUUCUUGCUGAGUUAAUGUGGGAUUGA